GGUGAUGUUGAUCAUUAACGGUUAUAUAUUUGUGUAUUUGUAUUUACUGUUUAUUUGAUAUUCCUGCACCACGUGUAGGAAGCCAGUGUUGCUGCAGUGUUUGUGAUUCAGCCCUGAUUCACUGCACAAACCCUGCUGUCACUCUGUUCUGCAUCAGGAACACAAGAUCCCAGUCAUCAUGUCUCUGCUUGAAGACCUCGUCCAUGUGAUGAGAUGUGUCCUAGAAUAUUUUGGGGUUCCACAAGACAUGCUGGUUCCAGUUUGGGAGAGCACUUUGUGUGGACAGUAUCGUAGCAUCGUCCGCAUGAUUGGAACAAAUCUCCCUCUGACACUGUAUCCUCGGCUUCAUUUUCAGGUUCCUUUACAGACGAUCAGGAGACAUGGUCAUAUCGAGGUGUCCGUAGAUGCUCCUGCCAUUCCAUCGCUAGCGGAUGUGUUAUGGCUUGCCGAGGACGAAGGAGACAGCUGCACUAAGUUCAGGAAUUGUGUCCCGCUGAGGAAACAGGGACGGUCAUACGGCAUUGAAACUCCAGCCUCUGUGUGUGUACGACCUGUUCGUGAACAGAAAUUACACGCUGCGCAGGCAUCAAGCACACAACCAGAAGCUUUUGUAAAAAUCCAAGCACUGGAGGCCGAGUUACAGAAAUUACGAGCUCAGAUUGCGAUGAUCGUCACCACACCAUCAGCAGACGGUUCCCUUCUGAACAAUCCCUCCACUCCUUGUUCACGGUUUCCUGCUCCUGUUCUUACCUCCACUCCUUUCCUGGCUGCUCUACCUCCACCACCACCUCCUCCUCCUCUUCCUCCUCCUCCUCCUCCUCCCCUGGGUGCUUUCUCCAAGCAGGUCUCUGUGACUGACGUGAUUAAACAGAGAAAAGCAGCCAGGAAGGAUAAAGCUGGAGUGUGUGAGGCCUCAUCAGCCGCAGUUCCUUCCAUGCUAGAGGUCUUGAAGGAUUUGAACCAGGUUAAACUUCGCACUGUAGAGAGGUCUCCAGGAGGAACACCUGCACGGAAAAGGAGGAGUAGAGGUAACGUGUGCGCGUCGGAUCCUGCUGCUCUUAUUGCUGAGGCGUUGAAGAGGAAGUUUGCACACAGGCAUCGAGACAACUCGUUUGAUAAGGAGAACCGCUCGGCCGAGCCCUCGCCGUUCAGUAGCCCCGACACACCCAGAAUUCCGCUCUACAAGAGACGCAGUCAGGGGCAAAAACAUUCGUCGCCUUUAAUCCACGGGGCAGACAGGAAACAAUGCGACGGAAAAUAAUCUGCCAAAGAGCCUUUGAUGAUUUUUUUUCUUGCUCUCACUUUCUUUCAGCCCCCACAGUUUUGCGGUACUUUUCUUCCGUAUAAGGACAAACGGAGCUGCCUUUUUAUUCAUCGCUUUUUCAGCUGUGGAGGGAUUUAAUAUGUAUUUUGUAAAGUUCUGCGGUUGUUACACUGGUGUUUUUAGUUAGCUGUGAAUAUAAGGUGACCGUUCUAAAUUUAGGUCACGCCGUACCUCAUGGACCUUUUAUAUGCAAUGCAUCUAAAUGUUUUAUAUUGUUUGAUUUGAUUUUUUUUUUUAUAUUUGUGUAUUUGCACUGCUUGGCCUGUUUCUUCUUGUUUUUUUUUUGUUUGUUUGUUUUUAUUUUUUUUUUCAGAAAAGCAAUAAUACUCCAUGUGCGUAUUGUUCUACUUCGUGUAAUGUUUCAGCGUUCGACUGACGUCACAAACGUUUUGAAAGUAGCAAAUAUGAUACUGCUUGCUGUAUUUGUGUGUGUGUGUAUUUGUGUGAACAUGUGGACUUGUUUCCGUUCAUGUAAGAUAAUGUCUCUUUUUCAUUUCCAACCAUGUAGCAUUCAGCCAUGACCCCAUUUUCAAAAUGAACAAAAAGAAAUAAACAAGUUCUCCUGGC